CCGCCUGGGCCGCUCAACUUCCGGGUCAAAGGUGCCUGAGCCGGCGGGUCCCCUGUGUCCGCCGCCGCUGUCGUCCCCCGCGCCCGCCACUUCCGGGGCCGCAGUCCCGGGCAUGGAGCCGCGACCGUGAGGCGCCGCUGGCCCCGGGACGACCUGCCCAGCCCGGCCGCCGCCCCACGUCCCGGUCUGUGUCCCACCCCUGCAGCUGGAAUGGAGGCUCUCUGGACCCUUUAGAAGGCACCCCUGCCCUCCUGAGGUCAGCUGAGCGGUUAAUGCGGAAGGUUAAGAAACUGCGCCUGGACAAGGAGAACACCGGAAGUUGGAGAAGCUUCUCGCUGAAUUCCGAGGGGGCUGAGAGGAUGGCCACCACCGGGACCCCAACAGCCGACCGAGGCGACGCAGCCGCCACGGAUGACCCGGCCGCCCGCUUCCAGGUGCAGAAGCACUCUUGGGACGGGCUCCGGAGCAUCAUCCACGGCAGCCGCAAGUACUCGGGCCUCAUUGUUAACAAGGCGCCCCACGACUUCCAGUUUGUGCAGAAGACGGAUGAGUCUGGGCCCCACUCCCACCGCCUCUACUACCUGGGGAUGCCAUAUGGCAGCCGAGAGAACUCUCUCCUCUACUCUGAGAUUCCCAAGAAGGUCCGGAAAGAGGCUCUGCUGCUCCUGUCCUGGAAGCAGAUGCUGGAUCAUUUCCAGGCCACGCCCCACCACGGGGUCUACUCUCGGGAGGAGGAGCUGCUGAGGGAGCGGAAGCGCCUGGGGGUCUUCGGCAUCACCUCCUACGACUUCCACAGCGAGAGCGGCCUCUUCCUCUUCCAGGCCAGCAACAGCCUCUUCCACUGCCGCGAUGGCGGCAAGAACGGCUUCAUGGUGUCCCCUAUGAAACCGCUGGAAAUCAAGACCCAGUGCUCAGGGCCCCGGAUGGACCCCAAAAUCUGCCCUGCCGACCCUGCCUUCUUCUCCUUCAUCAACAACAGCGACCUGUGGGUGGCCAACAUCGAGACAGGCGAGGAGCGGCGGCUGACCUUCUGCCACCAAGGUUUAUCCAAUGUCCUGGACGACCCCAAGUCUGCAGGCGUGGCCACCUUUGUCAUACAGGAAGAGUUUGACCGCUUCACUGGGUACUGGUGGUGCCCCACAGCCUCCUGGGAAGGUUCAGAGGGCCUCAAGACGCUACGAAUCCUAUACGAGGAAGUGGAUGAGUCCGAGGUGGAGGUCAUUCACGUCCCUUCUCCUGCACUAGAAGAAAGGAAGACGGACUCGUAUCGGUACCCCAGGACAGGCAGCAAGAAUCCCAAGAUCGCCUUGAAACUGGCCGAGUUCCAGACCGACAGCCAGGGCAAGAUCGUCUCGACCCAGGAGAAGGAGCUGGUGCAGCCCUUCAGCUCGCUGUUCCCGAAGGUGGAGUACAUCGCCAGGGCCGGGUGGACCCGGGAUGGCAAAUACGCCUGGGCCAUGUUCCUGGACCGUCCCCAGCAGUGGCUCCAGCUCGUCCUCCUCCCCCCGGCCCUGUUCAUCCCAAGCACAGAGAAUGAGGAGCAGCGGCUAGCCUCUGCCAGAGCCGUCCCCAGGAACGUCCAGCCGUAUGUGGUGUACGAGGAGGUCACCAAUGUCUGGAUCAAUGUAAGCGGGACAAGCGCUGGCUGUGUGUCUGCCUGGGCCCUGAAGUCACACUGCCCCCACCCCCACGUCCCAGAAGUGAGCCCUCAGUUACAAACCGUCUGGAGUGAGCCCUUCAGCCCCAGGGAAGAUGAAUUUAAGUGCCCCAUUAAGGAAGAGAUUGCUCUGACCAGCGGUGAAUGGGAGGUUUUGGCGAGGCACGGCUCCAAGAUCUGGGUCAACGAGGAGACCAAGCUGGUGUACUUCCAGGGCACCAAGGACACGCCGCUGGAGCACCACCUCUACGUGGUCAGCUAUGAGGCGGCCGGGGAGAUCGUGCGCCUCACCACGCCCGGCUUCUCCCACAGCUGCUCCAUGAGCCAGAACUUCGACAUGUUCGUCAGCCACUACAGCAGCGUGAGCACACCACCCUGCGUGCACGUCUACAAGCUGAGCGGCCCCGACGACGACCCCUUGCACAAGCAGCCCCGCUUCUGGGCCAGCAUGAUGGAGGCAGCCAGCUGCCCCCCGGAUUACGUGCCUCCAGAGAUCUUCCACUUCCACACGCGCUCAGACGUGCGGCUCUACGGCAUGAUCUACAAGCCCCACGCCUUGCAGCCAGGGAAGAAGCACCCCACCGUCCUCUUUGUUUAUGGAGGCCCCCAGGUGCAGCUGGUGAAUAACUCCUUCAAAGGCAUCAAGUACUUGCGGCUCAACACGCUGGCCUCCCUGGGCUACGCCGUGGUCGUGAUUGACGGCAGGGGCUCCUGUCAGCGGGGGCUUCGGUUCGAAGGGGCCCUGAAAAACCAAAUGGGCCAGGUGGAGAUCGAGGACCAGGUGGAGGGCCUGCAGUUCGUGGCGGAGAAGUAUGGCUUCAUCGACCUGAGCCGAGUUGCCAUCCAUGGCUGGUCCUACGGGGGCUUCCUCUCGCUCAUGGGGCUAAUCCACAAGCCCCAGGUGUUCAAGGUGGCCAUCGCGGGUGCCCCAGUCACCGUCUGGAUGGCCUAUGACACAGGGUACACUGAGCGCUACAUGGACGUCCCCGAGAACAACCAGCAUGGCUAUGAGGCGGGUUCCGUGGCCCUGCACGUGGAGAAGCUGCCUAACGAGCCCAACCGCCUGCUCAUCCUCCAUGGCUUCCUGGACGAAAACGUGCACUUUUUCCACACAAACUUCCUCGUCUCCCAACUGAUCCGAGCAGGGAAACCUUACCAGCUCCAGAUCUACCCCAACGAGAGACACAGUAUUCGCUGCCCCGAGUCGGGCGAGCACUAUGAAGUCACGUUGCUGCACUUUCUACAGGAAUACCUCUGAGCCUGCCCGCCCGGAGCCGCCACAUCACAGCACAAGUGGCUGCAGCCUCCGCGGGGACCAGGCAGAAGGGACUGAGUGGCCCGCGGGCCCCAAUGAGGCACCUUGUCCCGCCCCGCGCUGGCCAGCUCCAAGGAGCCGCUGCCUUCACCGCCCCGACGCCUUUUAUCCUUUUUAAAAUGCUCCUGGGUUUUAUGUCCGCUGCUUCUUGGUUGCCGAGAUAGAGAGAUGGUGGUCUCGGGCCAGCCCCUCCUCUCCCUGCCUUCUGGGAGGAGGAGGUCACAUGCUGAUGGGCACUGGAGAGGCCAGAAGAGACUCACAGGAGCGGGCUGCCCUCCGCCCGGGGCUCCCUGUGACCUCUCGGUCCCCUGGCCCAGCCAGCCACCGUCCCCAGCACCCAAGCAUGCAAUUGCCUGUCCCCCCUGCCAGCCUUCCCUACUUCAUGUUUGUGUUUUGUUUGAGGGGAUAUUUUUCAUAAUUAUUUAAAAGACAGGCCGGGCGCGGUGGCUCACGUCUGUAAUCCCAGCACUUUGGGAGGCUGAGGCGGGCGGAUCACCUGAGUAGGAGAUCGAGACCAUCCUGGCUAACCUGGUGCAACCCCGUCUCUGCGUCUCUACUAAAAAUACAAAAAAUUAGCCGGGCGUGGUGGCUCACGCCUGUAAUCCCAGCUACUCGGGAGGCUGAGGCAGGAGAAUCGCUUGAACCUAGAAGGCUGAGGUUGCGGUGAGCCGAGAUUGCGUCAUUGCACUCCAGCCUGGGCAACAAAAGCGAAACUCCGUCUCACAAUAAAUAAAAAACAAAAGACAGAAAGCAAGGGGUGCCUAAAUCGAGACUCGGGGUCCACACCAGGCAGUGGGGUUGCAACCCAGCACCUGGUAGGCUCCAUUUCUUCCCAAGCCCGAGCAGAGGGUCAUGCGGGCCCCACAUGAGGAGCAGCCAGGGCCCACAGGGGGCACCACCUGUGGACAGCCCUCCUGUCCCCAAGCUUUCAGGCAGGCACUGAAACGCACCGAACUUCUACGCUCUGCUGGUCAGUGGCGGCUGUCCCCUCCCCAGCCCAGCCGCCCGGCCACAUGUGUCUGCCUGGCCCUACACACCGGGGGUUCCGGGGUUGGGAGCUGAACCAUCCCCACCUCAGGGUUAUAUUUCCUCCUCCCUUUCCCUCCCCGCCAAGAGCUCUGCCGGGGCGGGCAAAAAAAAAGUAAAAAGAAAAGAAAAAAAAGAAAAAAAAAAACAGAAACAAACCACCUCUACAUAUUAUGGAAAGAAAAUAUUUUUGUCGAUUCUUAUUCUUUUAUAAUUAUGCGUGGAAGAAGUAGACACAUUAAACGAUUCCAGAUGGAAACAUG